GUCGUUUGUUCAAGCUGCAAAUUUGACUGAGAGCUGACGAUGAACGCAGCCGUGACAAAGCGGCAAACCGGGCGUUUUCUACCGGAAAUUACCCCAAAAAGCAACAAACGGAGGAAAGGUACCCACUACAGCAGGAUGAAACAGGAGGAUUCUCUCGGAAGCGGAUCGUCUCCGCUCAUCUCCAGGGGAGAAAUAUCACAGUUCAGAAACAGUCCUAAGCAGAACAUCUGUGUGCAGCUGCUUCGAGAAGGCUAUCCCAGGGCGUUCUCGGAGAUCUUCUCUCUGCUCGCCGCCGAUCGGGAUCGGAGGGAUGCGGCUGAACCGGGUUCAGAUCUCAGACUUCAGACUCCGCUGGACCGACAACUGGACAAACUGGAGACCAUGAAACGGCACCUGAGCCGCGCCGAGGAGGCCGAAAGAACCUGUUCCUGGAUGGUGGUGUGUGAUCAGCGUCUGAUGUUGGGUUGGUACUUCUCAGCUCCGGAGGAUCUCUGGCUCAGUUUGCACUUCUUCCACAGCUGUACAGACCGGGAGCAGGGGAGCCACUCGAGACCGGCCACCGAGGCCCGGGUGUGCAUGGCCGAGACCUACCUGAAACUAGGUGAGCUGGAGCGGGCGAGGCAGCAGGCGGAGCUGUGCCUGCAGCAGGUGGAGGACGCCGGCUGGGCGGACUCAGACGGUCGGCCCCUGAGGCUCCGGGCCUGCGAAGCCCUGUGGAGGAUCUACAGCCGGCUGGCAGACGCUCCGCUGGAGGCUGCAGACCACGACCAGGGCCUGAAGCUGCUCUACAAGGGCUACGGCAUGGCUACUGAGUGUAGGUACACAAGCCAGUACACGAGAGCUUAUGAGUACUUCCUGCAGGGCUAUGAAGUUGCCUGUGAGCUGGGCGAUGUGGCUCUGCUGCAGAAAGCUCAGGUGUUGGUGGCCAGCGCUCGCGCUCACUCCCAGAUCUGGAAGUUCAGAGCUGACGUGGAGUCGGCCUCCCCCCCCGCCCUGGGACGCCUGAUCGCUUGGAAAGAGAGGGGACGACAGCAGGGACUCUACAGAUAGUUCUGCUACUGCCUGGUACUAACCUCUCUAUCCGAUAACCAGACUAAUGUUCUUUAAAAAAAGGAUGAAGUAAAACAUGAAACAUACAGCUGUUUGAUAGGUUGUGUGUUUUAUAU